GAGGUAGAGCCACGCUCGACUCGUUUCGGACUGUUCAGUUUAGCGAGCGAGACGUGCAGAGCCGAACAUCAUCGGCCGCCGGCGUGUAGCUUCUAUAUUAUAUAUAGUGUGCUGUGGUGCAGUGCAGUGCUGCGAGAUAGCGAGAGCGAGAGAGAGAGAGAGAGAGAGAGAGAAAGAGUCGCUCGAGUGCAGUGCAGUGCGCGGUGCGAGAAAGGUUGCGUCGGUCUUCCUUGACGCCCCUCUCGAUCCUUUUUUUUUCUCACUCGUAAAUCGUAACAAACCUCGUUCGUUUCUUCGUCCUUUUCGUACAAAACGUGGAUAAGCAGCCUAUAACCAGCGACGAGUCAACGCACCGAUCAGUAAAAGGGAGAAAUCCUGCGUGUCGUGGAUCGGCUGCCGCCGAUUCGAACGUUUCGAACGCGUAGGCCCAGCGACUCACCUGGUACCGGCUUAUGCUAUCGUCCACGCACCUGUGUGAGUGUGUGCGAGUCCGUGCAAGACUCGGAAAUGUUCGUUGCAGCCGAAGCAGCAGCAGCGGCGACACGUGAACACACCGAGGCUCGCGAUUAAACGAGCCAACGAAAACAAUCGAAGAAAAUAAUAAUUAGCCAGCGGCGAAAGGGGGUUGAAUCGCCAAAAAGAAAGAAGGUCGCACAUAGAUGUUGUUACCAGUGCUUGGCUCAACGGCAACAGCUAGCAGUCGCGAUCGUUGCAGUUUCGUCGGUGAUGCCCUCGAGGAGGAAGUAGGAAGAAGCAGCUCGGGCAGGAAAAAGAAAUUCAAAGGAACGAGAGCUUGAGAAUCUCUGCGCUACGACGAGUACAAAAAGAGAGGCGUAUUCUGCGCGUGCAUGUGUCGUCGUCCUGUGUGAAUCGCCAAUUCCUGUACAGUGUGUUUGUGUGCCCUUAUAAUACAGCCUCGAGAGUACAGAGCUGCUCCACGAGUAUAGCUAGGCACUCUUUCAAGCACAACGCGUUCACAUUUAUGCUGUACGAGUGCGCGUACGGCCGGUUCACCAUCUCACCAACUGAUAUACGCAUUCGGCAUCCUGAGCUGCCCAUCGUACUAUCGUCGACUCUCGCCUCAACAGGUUGCGAGCCGACAACUGCAGCUUGAGAGAUGGUCAUCGUUACUCGGGGCGAUUACAUAUGGAUUGAACCCGUUUCCGGCAGAGAGUUUGAUGUAGCUAUUGGCGCCCGAGUCGUGUCGGCGGAAGGUAGACGCAUCCAAGUUAAAGACGACGACAACAAGGAACAAUGGCUGACUCCGGAAAGACGAAUAAAGGCGAUGCACGCGACGUCGGUGCAGGGCGUCGAGGACAUGAUAAGCCUUGGCGAUCUGCACGAGGCCGGUAUACUCAGAAAUCUUCUCAUACGUUACAACGAGAAUCUCAUCUACACGUACACGGGCUCGAUCCUGGUAGCUGUGAAUCCCUAUCAGAUCUUACCGAUCUACACCGCCGAACAAAUCAAACUGUACAAAGAUCGAAAAAUCGGCGAAUUGCCACCGCACAUAUUUGCCAUCGGUGACAACGCCUACGCCCACAUGAAUCGCUAUGGUCAAGAUCAGUGCAUUGUCAUUAGUGGUGAAAGCGGAGCCGGUAAAACGGAAAGCACCAAACUCAUCCUGCAAUACUUGGCCGCCAUCAGUGGUAAACACUCGUGGAUCGAGCAACAAAUACUCGAGGCCAAUCCGAUCCUCGAGGCCUUCGGCAACGCCAAAACCGUGAGGAACGACAACUCGUCGAGAUUCGGCAAGUACAUCGACAUACACUUCAACAAAGCCGGAGUCAUCGAGGGCGCCAAGAUCGAGCAAUACCUGCUGGAAAAGUCGAGAAUCGUCUCGCAAAGUUUGGAUGAGCGAAAUUAUCAUAUAUUUUAUUGUAUGCUGGCUGGAUUAUCGAAGGAGGAAAAACAAAAAUUAGAACUGGAAGAAGCUUCGACUUAUAAAUAUUUGACGGGCGGUAAUAGCAUUACUUGCGAAGGCCGCGACGACGCAGCUGAAUUUUCCGACAUUCGAUCGGCGAUGAAAGUUUUGCUGUUCACCGACAGCGAAAUUUGGGAAAUUUUGAAACUACUUGCGGCGGUACUGCACAUGGGCAACGUCAAAUACAAAGCCACUGUCAUAGAUAAUCUCGACGCGACGGAGAUCCCGGAACAGACGAACGUGAAGCGAGUGGCACAGUUGCUCGGCGUGCCGGUGCAAUCGCUCAUCGACGCGCUGACCCGUCGCACGAUAUUCGCCAGCGGUGAGACGGUCGUGUCGACCCUGUCGCGCGAUCAGUCGGUAGAUAUAAGGGAUGCCUUCGUCAAAGGCAUCUACGGCCGAUUAUUCGUGCACAUAGUCAAAAAAAUCAACGAAGCCAUAUACAAGCCCAAGUACAAGUCGCGCAGCACCAUCGGCGUCCUCGACAUUUUCGGCUUCGAGAACUUCAAUCACAACAGCUUCGAGCAGUUCUGCAUCAAUUACGCCAACGAGAACCUCCAGCAGUUCUUCGUGCAGCACAUCUUCAAGCUCGAGCAGGAGGAGUACAAUCACGAGGGCAUCAAUUGGCAGCACAUCGAAUUCGUGGACAAUCAGGACGCCCUCGAUCUCAUAGCCAUCAAGCAGCUCAACAUCAUGGCGCUCAUCGACGAGGAGUCCAAGUUCCCCAAGGGCACGGACCAGACGAUGCUGGCCAAAAUACACAAAACCCACGGUGGCCAUCGCAAUUAUCUCAAGCCCAAAUCCGACAUCAAUACGUCCUUCGGCCUGAAUCACUUUGCCGGCGUCGUGUUCUACGACACGCGCAGUUUCUUGGAGAAGAAUCGCGACACCUUCAGUGCCGAUCUGCUACAGCUCAUACACAUAUCGGCCAACAAGUUUUUGCAGACUUGCUUCGUCGAGGACAUUGGCAUGGGCUCGGAGACGCGCAAGAGGACGCCUACUCUGUCGACGCAAUUCAAAAAGUCAUUGGACAGUCUGAUGAAAACGUUGGCCAACUGUCAGCCGUUUUUCAUCAGGUGUAUCAAGCCAAACGAGUAUAAAAAACCGAUGAUGUUCGAUAGAGGUUUGUGCUGUCGCCAACUGAGGUACUCGGGAAUGAUGGAAACCAUUAGAAUAAGAAGGGCCGGAUAUCCCAUUCGACACUCGUUCCCGGAAUUCGUCGAGAGAUAUCGCUUCCUCAUACCCGGUAUACCUCCCGCGCACAAGAUCGACUGCCUGUACGCAACGACGAAGAUCUGCCACGCAGUUCUCGGCAGAUCGGACUACCAGCUCGGCCACACCAAAGUCUUCCUGAAGGACGCGCACGACCUGUUCCUCGAGCAGGAGCGAGAUCGCGUGCUCACCCGCAAGAUCCUCAUACUGCAGAAGAACAUACGCGGCUGGGUGUAUCGACGGAGAUUCCUGCGAAUGCGCGAGGCAGCCGUCAAGAUCCAGAAGUACUGGCGCGGCUACGCCCAGCGCCAGCGCUACAAGAGGAUGCGAAGCGGCUACAUGCGAUUGCAGGCGCUCAUCAGGUCGAGGGUCCUGUCGCAUAGGUUCCGCCACUUGAGGGGUCACAUUGUGGCGCUUCAAGCUCGGGCUCGAGGACAUCUCGUGCGGCGAGCUUUCCGCAAGAAGAUGUGGGCCAUCGUCAAGAUUCAGGCUCACGUCAGGCGCCUCAUAGCCCAGCGAAGGUUCAAGAAGCUCAAGUACGAGUAUCGCUUGCAUUUGGAAGCGUUGAAGCUCAGAAAGAAGGAGGAACACGACCUCAAAAAUCAAGGCAAUAAGAGAGCUAAAGAAAUAGCCGAUCAGCACUUCAGAGAACGUAUGCAAGAGCUAGAGAGAAAAGAAAUUGAGAUGGAGAUCGAAGAUCGUAGAAGAAUGGAAAUAAAGAAGAAUCUUAUAAAUGACGCAGCCAAAAAGCAAGAUGAACCUGUAGACGAUAGCAAACUCGUAGAAGCGAUGUUUGAUUUCCUACCAGAUUCCAGUAGUGAAGCUCCUACGCCCGCUAGAGAAACGUCGAUAUUCAAUGAUCUACCAGCACCCAAAGCCGAUCAGCAAGAGAUCAUAAGUCCGAUUCAAACAGCUUCGGAGGACGAAGAAGACCUAUCGGAGUUUAAAUUCCAAAAAUUCGCUGCGACGUACUUUCAAGGAAAUAUCACUCAUUCGUAUUCGCGUAAACCACUGAAGCAUCCCCUGUUACCGUUACACACGCAAGGAGACCAACUGGCUGCUCAAGCUCUGUGGAUAACAAUUCUACGCUUCACUGGUGACUUGCCGGAGCCUCGAUUCAACACAAUGGAUCGAGAUAAUACAUCGGUAAUGUCAAAAGUCACCGCGACGCUUGGCAGAAAUUUUAUUCGCAGCAAAGAGUUCCAAGAGGCCCAACUCAUGGGAAUGGAUCCAGUAGCUUAUUCCGAAUCGUACCUUAAACAACCGAAGCCCCGCUCCAUCCGUCACAAAUUGGUGUCGCUGACUUUGAAGCGCAAGAACAAGCUCGGCGAGGACGUGAGACGUCGCCUCCAAGAGGACGAAUACACCGCCGACAGUUAUCAAUCUUGGCUGGAAGCCCGACCGACGUCGAAUCUCGAAAAACUCCACUUUAUCAUCGGUCAUGGUAUCCUGCGCGCCGAGUUGCGCGACGAAAUCUACUGUCAAAUCUGCAAGCAACUGUCGAACAAUCCGUCGAAAUCUUCGCACGCCCGGGGUUGGAUUCUCCUGUCGCUGUGCGUGGGCUGCUUCGCGCCGUCGGAAAAGUUCGUCAACUACCUGCGGGCCUUCAUUCGAGAAGGGCCGCCCGGAUACGCGCCUUACUGCGAAGACAGGCUGAAGAGGACUUUCAAGAACGGAACGCGUAAUCAGCCGCCCAGCUGGUUGGAGCUGCAAGCGACCAAGUCGAAAAAACCGAUCAUGCUGCCGAUCACCUUCAUGGACGGCAACACGAAGACGCUGCUGGCCGACUCGGCUACCACGGCCCGCGAGCUCUGCAAUCAGCUGUCGGACAAAAUUUCUCUGCGCGAUCAGUUUGGUUUCUCCUUGUACAUCGCCCUGUUCGACAAGGUAUCCUCUCUGGGCAGCGGCGGCGACCACGUGAUGGACGCCAUCUCGCAGUGCGAGCAGUACGCCAAAGAGCAGGGCGCCCAGGAGCGCAACGCACCCUGGCGUUUAUUCUUCCGCAAGGAGAUAUUCGCCCCUUGGCACGAGCCAACCGAAGAUCAGGUGGCAACCAACCUGAUCUAUCAGCAGGUCGUCCGAGGUGUCAAAUUCGGCGAGUACCGAUGCGACAAGGAGGAGGAUCUGGCCAUGAUAGCGGCUCAGCAGUACUACAUCGAUUAUCACACGGACAUGAACGUCGAUAGACUGCUGACUUUGCUGCCAAAUUACAUACCGGAUUAUUGUCUCACCGAUGUUGACAAGGCUAUAGAACGCUGGGGUCAUCUUGUUUUGCAGGCUUACAAAAAGAGCUAUUAUUUGAAAGAAAAGGUGCCUGCAUUGCGAGUUAAAGAAGACAUCGUAGGUUACGCUAAAUUCAAAUGGCCUCUGCUAUUUUCCCGAUUCUACGAAGCUUACCGAAAUUCAGGCCCGAAUCUACCGAAAAACGACGUCAUCAUUGCGGUCAAUUGGACUGGCGUCUAUGUGGUGGACGAUCAAGAACAAGUUUUGCUUGAAUUAUCUUUUCCUGAAAUUACCACCGUAUCUAGUCAAAAAUCGUUGAGAAAACAAACAAAUACAAUUUUUUGCAGAACAAACAAGAUGUUCACACAAACGUUCAGUCUCUCGACUGUACGCGGCGAGGAGUUCACCUUCCAGAGUCCGAGCGCCGAGGACAUCCGAGAUCUGGUCGUUUACUUUUUGGAAGGCCUGAAGAAACGCAGCAAAUUCGUCAUUGCGCUGCAAGAUUACAACGGCGCCGCGGAAAACUCGCAAUUUCUCAGUUUCCACAAGGGCGAUUUGAUAUCGCUCGACGACGACGCCGGCGACGAGAACACCUACCAGUCCGGCUGGUACAUCGGCGUGAACGAGCGCACCGGCGAAAAAGGAGAUUUCCCAGCUGAGACGGUCUACGUUUUACCGACAUUAAGCAAGCCUCCGAACGAUAUUUUGUCGUUAUUUAGCGUAAACGGCAGCGAAAACGGACGGAGACUGUAUCCCCAACAAGUGAACGGCGUCGAAACGCGCGACAAGCCUCAUACGUUGAUGGAGUACGCGAUAGAUCAUUUUCGGCCACCGGCCAAGAAAACGAUGUCAAAGGCUCUGACGUUGACGACGGCCCGCCGUGGUCACGCCGAUGAUCUUUGGCGGCACUCGCGUGAACCGAUCAAGCUGCCUUUGCUGCGCAAGCUCAUUUCGAAAGAUGAGCUUGCCGAUGAGGCCUGUUUCGCCUUCAAUGCCAUUCUCAAGUACAUGGGUGAUUUGCCGACCAAGAGGCCCCGGAUCGGUAACGAGUACACCGAUCUCAUAUUCGACGGACCCCUAAAGAACGAGAUUCUCCGCGAUGAGAUCUACUGUCAAAUAAUGAAACAAUUGACUGACAAUAGAAACAGACUGAGCGAGGAAAGAGGCUGGGAGUUGAUGUGGCUAGCCACUGGUCUCUUCACUUGCAGCCAGAGCUUACUGAAGGAACUGACUUUGUUUUUACGAACGCGGAGGCAUCGCAUAUCACAGGACUCACUGCAGAGGCUGCAGAAGACCCUGCGUAACGGGCAGCGAAAGUAUCCUCCUCAUCAAGUCGAAGUCGAGGCGAUCCAGCACAAGACCACUCAAAUCUUUCACAAAGUUUAUUUCCCCGACGACACCGAUGAGGCCUUCGAGGUCGACUCUUCCACGAGAGCCAAGGAUUUCUGCCAAAACAUAGCACAGAGGCUGAAUCUAAGGUCUUCCGAAGGCUUCAGCUUGUUUGUGAAGAUAGCCGAUAAGGUGAUUUCAGUGCCGGAGGGUGAUUUCUUCUUUGAUUUCGUAAGACAUUUGACUGACUGGAUGAGGAAGGCACAUCCUGCGAGAGAUGGUUUAUCGCCACAAUUUACAUACCAAGUGUUUUUUAUGAAGAAGUUGUGGACGAACACAGUACCUGGCAAAGAUAGAAAUGCCGAUUUAAUAUUCCAUUUCCAUCAAGAGCUACCAAAACUUUUGAGAGGUUAUCAUAAGUGCACCAAGGAGGAAGCUUCACGACUGGCAGCUUUGGUAUACAGAGUUAGGUUCGGAGAAAGUAAACAAGAAUUGCAAGCAAUACCGCAAAUGUUGAGAGAAUUGAUACCUGGUGACUUGGUAAAGACACAAAAUGCAAAUGAGUGGAAGCGUUCGAUAGUCGCUGCCUACAAUCAUGACGCUGGAAUGAGUCCAGAGGAAGCAAAAAUCACAUUUUUAAAGAUAGUGUAUCGUUGGCCCACAUUCGGAUCGGCAUUCUUCGAAGUUAAGCAAAGUACCGAGCCAGAUUAUCCUGAACUACUCUUAAUCGCUAUCAACAAACACGGAGUCAGUUUAAUUCACCCUCAGUCGAAGGAAAUUUUCGUAACGCAUCCCUUUACUCGAAUAUCCAACUGGUCUUCCGGCAAUACUUACUUCCAUAUGACAAUCGGUAACUUGGUUAGAGGUUCGAAGUUGCUGUGCGAGACAUCCCUUGGCUACAAAAUGGACGACUUACUGACUUCCUACAUUUCACUUAUGCUCACGAAUAUGAAUAAACAACGCACGAUAAGGAUAAAGUAAAUUGUAAUAGGAAAAAACGUACAUAAUUUUUAAUGAAUUUUUAUAAAAAGAAACAAAAUAAUAACUAAAACAUGUGCAGACAAUCAAGAAUUGCCUUAUUAUGAAAUUGUAUACUAUUUAAAAAUAUUAUUGUUUAUCGAGUUUAUGGGAAGAAAAAACUGCAUGAAUUAAACAUGAAGUUUCGCAUUUGUAAUAUUAAAAAUUUAUUAUAUAUAAAAAUGGUUGAGUUGUUGAAAACUUGUAAAAAAGUGUUAUACUUGUCAUUUAAGGUACUGUAAAAUUACCUAAAAUAGUUUUGAACUAACUCAUUAAAUUAACAAUUGUUUAUAAAUGCCACGUAUUUAUGAAUAAUGAGAAUAAAGGAAUUCAAUA